GAUUACAAAGACAAAAUAACGUUAUAUAAGGUCAAAUGUAUAUGAAAAAUAGUUGAAUUAACGUUGUAUAAGGUUGUUGUUUUUUGAGAGAGACGGAAAAAUGUGAGAGAUACAUAAAAAUUUAAAGAGCCUUCGGCUCUGUUGUGGUCAAAAAUUUUGAACUGCUUUGUGUUUGACGAAGUUCAAUAUUGCAAUAUACGAAGUUGCAACGAAUGUGACUGUCAUAUUCCCCCUCCUUCUCUUUAUCGAAUCUCUUUCUGUGGUCUGAAUAUGUGUAAGAAAGAUCAAAUAGACAAUCUCUGCUUUAGUUGGUGUUGAAUAGUGCAAGGGAGCAGUGCACGUGCUCGUGGGAAUAGUGCUUGAUAUAAAGUUGUUCUUUUUCUGGUGUCUUUUUUUUUGGGUGCUCGUGCGUACAUUUUUGUCGGUGUUUGGUGUUUUGUUGUUUUUUUCACUAUGGCUGAGGAAUGUAAGUUAAAAUCACUCUUGGAUGAAUGGGAGUUCCCAGAAAUGUACAGUGUGUUGCAAGAAAACGAAAUCACAAUCAACGAAUUGAAACACUUAACUAAUGAGGACUUAAAGGAAAUUAUUCCAGUACUAGGAAAACGUAUUCGAUUCAGAGAGAAAUUAUUUUUAUGGAAGGAGAAAAUUUGUCCACAAAGUAAUGAAACGUUAUCCGUACACAGCAAAGUUGGGACUUGGCUGAAUUCGCCGGCAAAUUCAAAAGGUUUCAAUGACAUUGCACAGAUUUUAAGAUCUUGCGGUAAAGGAAGAGCAAUUGUUGAUUACUAUACGGAAAACAAUCAGUUGUUAGAAUCUCACCGACAUGAUAUAAUUUCCAUUAUAUUAGAAGAAGUUGUCACGAGCAAUUGCAUAUUGCAUAUUUCUGACUUCACAUUAAUUUGCGAACAAAUACUUAGUCUAUUUCCGAACGAAAAUAAGGAUUUUUACUUUAUUCCACGUGGACCACGCAAAAAUCCAAGUGGGAGGCUAUAUGAUAAGUAUCAUAAUUUAAAAAGCAAACGUCGUAAAGUUCUCGGUCGCUCCUUGUCGAAUCAAAUAAACGAAUCAAGUGAAGAAGAUGAAAUAGACGAAAAAACUCUGUCAUCUUUGAAAGAAAUAUUAAGAACAGAUGUGUCUAAAUGUUUGUCGAACAGCUGCAAUCAAACAAAGGCAUCUGAAUUUUGGGUCACCACGUUUCCUAUUCGUAAAAAAGACAUAAAAGCAGCAAAAAGCAACGUAGUCCUUCUGAAUCAUUGGCCGGGCUACAAACAAUCUUUCGGUUACGUUUUGAUUAAAAGCGAUUUCAAAUUAUUAUAUCCAGACAGUGAGAAUCUCCUAUACUCCAAAUGGGAGAAGUUUAUCAACCGUAUCAUAGAUUUUUUCAAUAGCAACAUCAAAGACCAAGCAUCCCGUGAAGAACUAGCAUUGUGCAAACAACUAUCGAACAAAGACAGUGUCAAUUACAUGGUCAUAAAACUUUUGAACAGUGUCAUCAAGCCUACCGCUCGUUUUAAAAGCCAAGAUGGGAAUGUUUUAAAAAAGUUCACAAUCAGUGACGCACAGGAGAGCUUGACGUUGCAUGUUACCAACUUAAGUGACUACGAAGUGAAAAUAAACGGACUCAAGGAGAAAUAUUACGCUUCAUCCAAUACAUUACAACCGAUUAUUAUAGUUGUCGGAGCAAGUAUGUUAAACAUUAACCAAUUUUUUAUAUAUUUUGAUAGUGUAUUGUAUUCCUUAAACUCGUACAUUGAAUGUGUCGACGUAACUUUCAAAAUAUUUAACGUACUUAAUUUAAGUUACCCUAAAGCCAGUGAAGGCGUUUGGUACUUUAUUCAAAAAUUUUUUUAUAACAUUACUACACCUUUUGAUAAAUCAUCUCCAUCGAUUAUUUCUCUGAUAAAUUAUUUACACGAACACUGA